AUAGCUGUCCUGUCCACGUCUUUUUUCGUUCCACCGGGGUUUAGCCAGCGUAUUUAUAAAGAGACCAACGGGGCGGAUUCGCACAAAGUGCCAUUCAAACCACCGUCGCGAAGCCUCUUCCUUGUCUUUUAUUUUGAACUCACAGCGGACGCGCUCUUCCGCUGCUUUUGAACUUGACACCGCCUCACUCAGGUAAGCGUCCUCGCAGCGACCAAGUGAGGAGGAGGAGGAAGACGAAGAAGAAACACCCACCAUUCAUCCUUGCAGCGAGCCGCAGCAUCCAUCUCCUCCUUUUUUAUUUUGGACCGCAGGACGCCAACCGUUACACGACGGCCAUGAAGGCGCUCCUGUUGCUGGUGCUGGCGUGCGCGACGUCGCGCGCGCUGUCCGCGGAGGGCGACAUCUCGUUCGAGUACCACCGCUACGACGAGCUGCGCAAGGCUUUGGUGUCCGUGUGGCUGCAAUGUCCCACCAUCGCACGUAUCUACACCAUCGGAGAGAGCUUUGAGGGCCGCGAGCUGCUCGUCCUCGAGAUGUCCGAUAACCCCGGCGCGCACGAACCGGGCGAGCCGGAGUUCAAGUACAUCGCCAACAUGCACGGCAACGAGGCGGUGGGCCGGGAGCUUUUGGUCUACCUGGCGCAGUACCUGUGCAACCAAUACCAGCAGGGCAACGAGACCAUCAUAGACCUGAUCCACAACACGCGCAUCCACCUCAUGCCCUCCAUGAACCCGGACGGAUUCGAGAAAGCCGCCUCGCAGUCCGGAGAGAUGAAGGACUGGUUCGUGGGCCGUACCAACGCUCAGGGGGUGGACCUGAACCGCAACUUCCCCGACCUGGACAGAAUCGUCUACGUCAACGAACGAGAGGGAGGAGCCAACAACCAUCUGCUGCAAAACAUGAAGAAGUCUGUGGAUGAAAACGCCAAGCUGGCGCCAGAGACCAAGGCGGUGAUCCGCUGGAUCAUGGACAUCCCCUUCGUCCUCUCUGCUAACCUGCAUGGCGGGGACGUGGUCGCCAACUACCCCUACGACGAAACUCGCAGCUCGGCCCACGAGUACAGCGCCAGCCCCGACGACGCCAUCUUCAAGUCGCUGGCCAAGGCCUACUCCGUGUACAACCCCGUGAUGUCCGACCCGCAGCGGGCGCCCUGCCGCAAAAACGACGACGACUCCAGCUUCAAGGAUGGCAUCACCAACGGGGGCGCCUGGUACAGCGUGCCGGGGGGAAUGCAGGACUUCAAUUAUUUGAGUAGCAACUGCUUUGAGAUCACGCUGGAGCUGAGCUGCGACAAAUUCCCGGCCGAGGAUUUGCUCAAGAGCUACUGGGAGCAGAACCGUGACUCGCUGGUCAGCUACAUCGAGCAGGUUCAUCGCGGCGUCAAGGGCUUCGUGCGGGACCUGCAGGGCAACGCCAUUAGCAACGCCACCAUCUCUGUGGAGGGCAUCGAGCACGACGUCACCACAGCCAAAGAUGGCGACUACUGGCGCCUGCUGACUCCCGGCAACUACAAGGUGGCGGCCUCGGCUCCGGGAUACCUGAGCGUCAUCAAGAAGGUGGCCGUCCCGCACAGCCCCGCCACCAGGGUGGACUUUGAACUGGAGUCUCUGAUGGAGCGCAAGGAGGAGGAGAGGGAGGAGCUGAUGGACUGGUGGAAGAUGAUGUCCGAGACGCUCAACUUCUAACCAGACGCCCGAGCCGACCCGCGCUUGACACGUCUGCACCCAUCAGCCCUUUCAUUCCGUGUCUCUCCUUAUUUCCAUGUUUGAAUAGCCUGUGCGAGGAGGAACUUGUUUGUUGUUGUGUCAUUUUCUUGGUUUAUCGUGAGCUGUAACCACGGCAACCAUCCCUAUAACUUAUGAGCGACACACACACACACACACACACACACACAUUUCAAUAAUAAGGACUGAUGAUGGAGGGUGAAACACUAAAAAAAAAAAAA